GUGACACUCGGCUUUUUAUGGGAUUUUGGCGACUGAGUAUUGCUCUGUGUAACAACCUUUGAACGGAAGUAACAAGAGAUCCGGGCCGACUCUUGUCUUCAGCCACAGUUCAGUUCUGCUAUUCAUGAGCCAAUGGAGAUAUAAAUAUUAUGUGCCUGUGGCCGCUUGAAAAUAGUUCAUAUCAUCACACGAUCCUUUAGCAAUCAAAUUAUCACAGUUGAUAUGCAAUAGCGGCCAUAAUUCAACUAUUCAAUAUCCAGGUCUCCGGAAUCAUGUGGGAGAACCAACUUUCUUGGCUUGUAGCCAUGUUUCCGCCGGUACAAGCUAUGAUGCUGCCGAAUGAUGCCGUAAAUGGACUCUGGAUUGUUACUGGCGACGCUAAUUGGAACUCGGAAGCGCCAAUCCGUCUCGACCAUACCUCCAAACCAGACCCAAAGUUGAUUGAAAAUGACCGGAGGGAGCGCACAGAGGCAUCUACUUGGACUUGGCGCCGAACUAUCUGUGCAUCCAGUGGUGAUCCUGCUCAACAAUCUGGCUCCGGAUUCAGGCCUGCUUGGCCAUGGCGACGUAUGGAGACUGUGAAACAGCAACCUGACGGCGAAUUCAAGAAUGUCGAAUCGGUUGGCGAUGACACCUUGACGGUGACAGAUUCAGCACGCGAUGGAGCAGGCAGAACGUUGCUUCGAAAUGGGGGUCAACCGUCGUGUACAUCUGUGCCCGUGGCCAUAUUGAAAGUUGUUAUUCAGACGAGUUCGUGUCGGCCAUUACGUAUAUUCACUAUGCUUGCGCUCCUGAGACUGGAUGGGUCUACAACAAUUUUCUGUACCCCGACAGACCGGCGAGCAAGUGCGGAAUGGAUGUCACUGGUGCGGACUUCUGCUUAAGAUAGGAGUCAGAUUUCGCACAGGCGGUAUGCAAUGCUGCACCCGUAAUUGAGAAUGGUAUGAGG